GCUGUAUACAAACAUGGCUGCGCCCUGUCAAGUGAAGUUAUUCACAUUUUUGGGGGAUUUGGGGAUUCAUGAAAAACAGUAUCAACGAAAUGUCAUACGGUCCUCACAAAACCAGUUACUUUAGAACUACUUAGAUUUGGUUUCCUGCGUUUAUAAUUUACAUAUACAAAAUCAUAUUUGCAUGUCCGAUAGUACUGACCUCUUUUUCACGUGCUUGGAACUGCGGCAUAAUUUACACAGAAAUCCCAAGUGAAAAUACGUUUGCUUUUUAGAUUGUGAAGAACUCAUCGAUCAGCACAUCGCCCUUAAACGUGUAUCUCCAACAAAGACAAUGUCUUCCAGAAGCAUCCCUCUGUUUAAGACUAUAUACAACAAAGCAAGACUCUAUUCCUUCCAAAUCCCCUGUAAAAUGUGGAAAAUGCAGUGCAGAUACUUGAGAGUUAAUGAUGAUCUGAAAGCAAGAUUUACGUUCCAUAAGAGUACACAUGUGUGUCCACAAUUCUGUAAGACUUUGCAGUUAGUCCAGCCUAUGAGCACAAAUGUACAGUCAAUAGAGGGGCUAUUUGGAAAGGACUCUCUACAGCAAUACUUGAAUAAACUGGAGACAGAGUACAAGGAUUGCCUUAACAGAAUACAUGCAGGUGGUACAGAGGAUGUGCUGAGACUGUUGCGAAGAAGAGUUACUGAUUUGGCACCAGUGGUCUCACAUAUUCAACAGCUAAGGUCUAAAGAGCAAGAAUUCCAAGACACUGAGACUUUGUUAAAAGAUGAUGAUGCUGAUAUAAGAGACCUUGCUGAAAGUGAAAGGCGUUUAUACAAGGAAGCUAUAACUGACUUGAAGCAUAAGAUUAUUUCACUCCUGAUUCCUUCAGAAGAAUCAGAUGACAGUGAUCUCAUUAUGGAAGUUACAGCUGGAGUGGGAGGACAGGAGGCAAUGCUGUUCACAGCAGAAAUGUUUGAUAUGUAUCAGAACUUUGCAUCCUUUAGGAGUUGGAGGUUUGAAAUUCUGGAAUAUUUUCCAAGUGAAAUUGGAGGAUUACGUCAUGCUACUGCCAGCAUAAGUGGUCCAGCAAGCUACAAACACAUGAAAUACGAGGGAGGAGUACAUCGUGUUCAGAGAGUUCCAAAAACUGAAAAGCAGGGACGCACUCAUACCAGUACAAUGACUGUAGCAAUAUUACCUCUGCCAACUGAGAUUAAUUUCACCAUUCAUUUAAAAGACUUGCGGAUUGAAACAAAGCGAGCAAGUGGGGCCGGUGGCCAACAUGUCAACACCACUGACAGUGCAGUGCGAAUUUUACACAUUCCAACAGGUGUGGUAUCUGAGUGUCAGCAGGAGAGAUCUCAGCUGAAAAACAAAGAAAAAGCAAUGCAAGUGUUGCGUGCAAAACUCUAUAGCAUGAAACUUGAAGAAGAAACAAGUAAAAGAUAUAACGCUCGAAAGGUCCAAAUUGGAACCAAAGGAAGAUCAGAGAAGAUCAGAACAUACAAUUUCUCCCAGGACAGGGUUACUGACCACAGAAUAAGUGAAACUGUUCAUGAUAUUAAGGGAUUUAUGAUGGGUGAGGAGCUCCUUGACCAUAUGAUUCAGUCAUUAAAAGAAUAUGAAGAAAAUGAGACUCUUUUAGAUAUUCUUGAGGAAAACAUGCAGAUGGAUGGAAAUAUGUAAUUCAAAAAAUAAAAUAAAUAUAUACACACA